UUACUACGAAUUUGGAGGGAAAAUGUCUCAUAUACAGUAUGUUGAUGAGCUGGUCAAGGAGUAUUUGUUAUUUCGAGGAUUUAGUCAAACUCUGAAAGCCUUCGACAACGAUUUAAAAACCGAGAAAGAAAAAGGUUUCAGGGUGAGAACAUCGCAAUAUAAGAUAUGAAGAAAUAAAAAAUUCAACAAUAUUUACUUUGUUGAUAAAAUUGUUGAUCAAUUGAUGCAAUAUAUAUACACAUAUGAUUUAUUAUCUCUGAGAGAAUUAUGGGGUCAUUUAGAUAUUAGAAUGUUUUCUCGUUUGGAAAAUCAUUUUACUCCGGCUAUAAGAAAAUUAGAGAAUGCUGUUUUAAAAAUGUAUCUAGUAAAUGCAGCUGUAAACAAUAAGCAAGAUCGCAUUCAAGAAUUUUUUACUAAAAUGGCACCGGAAUUGCAAGGACAUUCAGAAUGGAAAGAAUGGUUUGCAUUACCAUUUGUAAAAAAUCCUGAAGAUAAUCCAACAUAUUCAGUACAUUUUAGCAGACAAUGGCAAGAUACUAUGUUGGUUUCUUUGCAUAAUUUUCUUGCAACUAUUUUUCAAUGUAUGCCACAACCAACAUUAUUAACAAUAGAUGAAGAUACGAAUAAGUUAAAACGUUUACAAGAGGAAAAUGAAGCAUUGAGACAAAAAUUAAAUGAACCUAUUAAAAUAGAAACAAUUGCUGAUGUAAAUCCAGGUCCAGUGCCACAGUAUCCACCAAUUAUGGAUGACUUUUACAUCAUUGCUCAGGAAUCUCCUUUAAUGGAAAAUCCUAAAACACUAAGAAGUUUAAUAAAGAAUAUAGGUGGUGGUUCCAGUCCAAUUUUAAGUAGAAAAUCUGCAACAAGUAUUAAGAAACAUACAGAAUCUGAUAUAGCAUCUACAAAAAGAACAAACACAAAAGGAAGGCUGAAUUCAGUUGCAAAAACUGAAGUAGUUGCUAAAAGAAGCAUGAGUUGCGAUUCUCGAUUAACAAGUACUAGAAAAAGAGACUCAUCUAUUGAUACUACUUCUGUAGACAGAAAAACAAAAGAAAAAAUCGAAUCAAGUUACAUCCUUUUAAGUCAGGAGGAAUAUACAGAACAUAAAACAUCCAUUAUUCAAUGUAAAAGCAAUGCAAGUGGUUCGUAUGUAGCAACAGGCGAUGCUGAUGGCGUUAUUAAAGUAUGGACACCAAUUCCAUCACCAAAAACUGUUACGACAUUUACUUCACCUAUGACAAACGCAAAUAAGGCUAUAACUGCAUUAGAUUGGAUAUCAAAAAAUGAACGUUACUUUUUACAUGGUGACAAUAACGGACUAAUCCAAUUACACGAUACGCGUGAUUGUAAAACACUUUGGGAAAUACAACAUGAAGGAUCACGGAUUGUUACUUUACUUUGCAAUCCAACUGAUUCUACAUUUGUAUGCUCAGUAUCAGAUCCUACAGAAAGCAAAUUACUUUUAUAUGACAUAAAGUCGAAGAAAUUAGAGAGAAUUUUACCUACGGAACAAAACGUAGUUGCUUUGUGUUCUGCAUUUAAUCACAAUGGUCAACUGCUUAUCACAGGAAUGUCAAAUGGAAAUAUACUGAUACAUGAUUUGAGACGAAAUGAAAUAAUAGAUAAUCUCAGCUCCCAUUCCAGUCCAGUAAUUGAUAUAGAAUUGAUAAAUGAUUUCACAAAUAUUUGUGCACGAAGUGAAGAUGGGAAAUUAUGCCAAAGAAGUUUAAACCACUCAGGAAAAAUUUUGUGGGAAACUAAAAUUAAAAUUGAAAAAACUGCUUUCCAUGGGAAAUUAUUUACGUUUGAUCAAAGUGGAAAUUAUAUGUUACUUUGUACACAAAGUGGAGGUAACAUAUAUAAAAUGCCACCUGGUAUGCAAACAAAAGUUUUAGAACUUGGCGGACAUAAAGGAACAUUAUGUUGUGACUGGUCCAGUGCUAAUCAAUCUGGGACAUGUAUUACUGGUGGUGCAGAAGGAAAAGCCAGGGUAUCAACACUACUAUCCCCAUGAUACAGAAAUAAAAUUAGUAUAUGUGUGAA